UCCCUAUAGCUGCCGACCUCCGCCCCAUUCCCAUCACCACCACCACGCGGGCCCAGGCGCCCAAUCUCCGCCCCACGCCCUCGUCUUCCUCGUCUUCUGCUGCCGCUCUGCUCGCCCUGGCCGCCGCCCCCUCUUCGAUCUUGUGCUGCGAUGGAGCGGUACGAGGUGAUCAGGGACAUCGGGUCGGGCAACUUCGGGGUCGCCAAGCUGGUGCGGGACGUCACGACCAAGGAGCUCUUCGCCGUCAAGUUCAUCGAGAGAGGCCAGAAGAUUGAUGAGCAUGUUCAAAGGGAGAUUAUGAACCACCGGUCACUGAAGCAUCCAAACAUAAUUAGAUUCAAGGAGGUCGUGCUAACUCCCACACAUUUGGCAAUAGUUAUGGAAUAUGCUGCUGGCGGUGAGCUAUUUGAAAGGAUUUGCACUGCUGGGAGAUUUAGUGAGGAUGAGGCAAGGUUCUUCUUCCAACAGCUGAUUUCGGGAGUGAGCUAUUGUCAUUCCAUGCAAGUAUGCCAUAGAGAUCUGAAACUAGAAAAUACUCUGUUAGAUGGUAGUGUUGCACCACGGCUCAAGAUCUGUGAUUUUGGUUAUUCCAAGUCUUCUGUGUUGCACUCUCAACCAAAAUCAACUGUUGGCACACCUGCAUACAUUGCUCCAGAGGUCCUCUCUAGAAAAGAAUAUGAUGGAAAGGUUGCUGAUGUUUGGUCCUGCGGAGUAACACUCUAUGUGAUGCUGGUCGGUGCAUAUCCAUUUGAGGACCCUGAUGAUCCAAGGAACUUCCGCAAGACAAUCACUAGGAUACUCAGUGUACAAUACUCAAUUCCGGACUAUGUUCGAGUUUCAAUGGAAUGCAGGCAUCUGUUGUCUCGGAUAUUUGUUGGAAAUCCUGAACAGAGAAUAACCAUUCCAGAAAUCAAGAACCACCCGUGGUUCCUCAAGAACCUGCCCAUUGAGAUGACAGACGACUACCAACAGAGCAUGCAGCUGGCAGACAUGAACAGCUCGGAGCAAAGCCUGGAGGAAGUCAUGGCGAUCAUCCAGGAGGCGCGGAAGCCAGGGGAGGCCAUGAAGCUUGCCGGGCAGGUAUCCUGCCUGGGGAGCAUGGAUAUGGAUCUUGAUGACAUUGAUUUGGAUGAUAUCGACGACAUUGACAUCGAGAACAGUGGUGAUUUUGUUUGCGCAAUGUGAUGUUCAUGCGUGGUUCAACCGGUCAAGUAGCAGACUAGCAGCGAGAUUCCUUUGGUUGUUGAUGUAUGUAGAUCCUUGGAUUAUGCUUUGGUUUGCUUCUGAAUCACAUAUCUUCUGUAACCAAGAAAUUCACAUUGCUGUGGAUAGCAUACAACGUGAACUUACAUGCUGAAAUCUAUACAGAAAUCAUUGUGUUCUCGGUGCUGUACUGAAUAUAAGCCCAUCAGUUCUGUUGAGA